CAGGGUGAGACGUGGCUCUGAGGCGCGGUGCAUUAUGGGAUGAGGCCGCUUUGGCUCACUCUCUGUUGCAAAAUGGCGACGUCCCUGGGAUCCAACACCUACAACAGGCAGAACUGGGAAGACGCGGAUUUUCCAAUUCUGUGUCAGACAUGUUUAGGAGAAAAUCCUUACAUUCGUAUGACCAAGGAGAAGUAUGGCAAAGAAUGCAAGAUCUGUGCUCGACCCUUUACUGUUUUCCGCUGGUGUCCGGGGACACGGAUGCGCUUCAAGAAGACAGAAGUCUGUCAGACCUGCAGUAAAAUGAAAAACGUUUGUCAGACAUGUCUGCUCGAUCUGGAGUACGGUUUGCCCAUCCAGGUCCGAGACACCGGACUCUCCGUUAAAGAUGAGGUUCCCAAGUCAGAUGUCAAUAAGGAGUACUACACACAGAACAUGGAGAGAGAGAUAGCCAAUUCUGAUGGCACUCGGCCAGUGGGUCAGCUUGGAAAGGCUCCGAGCUCCAGUGACAUGCUGCUCAAACUGGCCCGGACCACACCUUAUUACAAGAGGAACCGGCCACACAUCUGCUCCUUCUGGGUGAAGGGAGAGUGCAAGAGAGGAGAGGAGUGUCCCUACAGACACGAGAAGCCCACAGAUCCUGAUGAUCCUCUAGCCGACCAGAACAUCAAGGAUCGUUACUACGGCAUCAAUGAUCCAGUAGCCGACAAGCUGCUGAAGCGGGCUUCAACUAUGCCCCGACUGGAUCCCCCAGAGGACAAGUCCAUCACCACGCUCUACAUAGGGGGACUGGGAGAUACUGUCACAGAUGGAGAUCUCAAGAGUCACUUCUAUCAGUUUGGUGAGAUUCGAACCAUCACCAUCGUCCAAAGGCAGCAGUGUGCGUUCAUCCAGUUUGCCACGCGGCAGUCGGCUGAAAUGGCGGCCGAGAAGUCCUUCAACAAACUCAUUAUUAAUGGACGGAGACUCACUGUCAAGUGGGGAAGGUCUCAGGCAGCGAGGGGGAAGGACGGUAUCAAAGACGGUGUCAGUGAGAUGGGUACCAGACUUGAUCCUGUACCUGGGCUGCCUGGAGCCCUGCCCCCACCACCGGCUCUAGAUGAAGAGGCUCCUGCAAAUUACUUCAACCUAGACCCAAGCUCUUCUCCUGCUGUCAUGAACAUUGCUUUGCCCCCACCUCCAGGCAUCAAUCCGCCUCCUCCAGGUUUUGGCCCUCCGAUGUUUCACGCUAUGGGUCCCAUGGCCCCGCCCAUGCCCCCUCCGAUGAGCAUGAGACCUCCGGGUCAAAUCCACUACCCCUCCCAGGAUCCUCAGCGCAUGGGCGCACAUGCUGCACAUGGCUCACGCCAUGGCGAUUAGGUCCCGGACGGAAAUCUUGCGGAUUAGAUGUCGUUCUUUUACUUAACUUUACUUUAAACCUGGUCAAGUGUUGUCCCGUCAGAUGCAGACUUCUUCAGGGAGAAAAGACAAACAGUUACAUGAACUAAACGACCCUGGGUCUGCGGAGACGACAAACGGGGUGACUCGUUGUUAAAACGUACCAGAGACGCAUCUAAACAGUGGAACCUGUAAUGAAAGACCUCAGAGUGCUGGUUAAUGUGAUGAGGGCCAUGGGAGCUCUGGUGGUUGGAGCUGUUGUACAUAUAAAAAUUACUUCUUUAGGUUAACGUGUCUGUCAUAUUGUGCGUACCAUGUCACGGAGUUCUGAGGAGAUUUUUAAACUUGUUAAUUUUUGGUAACAUUGACUUUUUUUUUUCUUCUUUUUUUUUAAUUUGGCGCCAUCUUAAUAUUCCACAGCAUAAUGACUCAGUGUUUAUUGUAAGGCUUUCUUUGAAUGUUUUCCCUUGUCAUUAAAAUGACUCAAUUUUG